AUGGAUUCGGACAGGUUCCCAAUACACGAAUGGAAACGUUUUCUCGCCAAAGUGGAUUUCUUUCUUUCCGUUGUUCUACCAAGAGAGAAGAUAUCACCGGGCACGGAGGCAUGCCGCCUUCAGUUAUUAAACCACAUAAACGAGAUACGAUGCGAGGAGUUGUGUGCGCCGUAUCUACCACAUGUCCCGUUACAGGUCGACGGCGUGUGCAAAGACUGUGCGACCCAAUAUGAACCGAUCGGACCGGUGGAUACCCAGCACGACGGUCGUAAAAUAUCGACUACCGAGAAAACGCCCGUUGACACGGAAUCAACAGUGUUGUUUCAAACACAACAGCAGACCACGGCUUCGGCACAAGAAACUUCAGUGGUAUCAGCGAAACAGAAGAGUAAAGAAAUAACAAACAUUGAUGAAGACAAUAUUCAGGAUUUGAAAGAAAAAGAAAUUUCAAAGGACAGUGCAGUUAUUGAGGAGACCGCAAGGAGACCCUCAUCCUUGAGUUUACUACAGAGUACAAUAGCAGCCCUUGAAUUUGACAAUCCUCAAGAGAAUACGUACAGUACAGUAGAUAAAGAUAAAGAAGAGUUCAUUGCUGAAUUGAGACGAUAUUGUGAUGCUGGUGAUAUUGAGAGCAAUACAACUGAGUGUUUGAAGUUAACAAGUUCAAAGCUGGGCCCACAAAAGGUUGGUGAAAAAAGCACGAAGGUCGAAGAAAGCAGUGUUUUUUCCACAAAAGAACACAAGGACCAGGUUGUGCCUGUAGCAGAGGAGGUUAUACAACCAAAGACUGAGUCUGUCAGUACAGAGUCUGCAAUAGAUCUACCACAAUUUACAAAACAGAAUUGCAUUGUGACAUCACCAGAUGAGAUUUUCCAUCUUGAGAAAUCGUGGGAAUCUCAUCGCAGCAGUGGAUCUCGGAUCAGUUCCAGUGAUUUUUCUUUUGACGAUUCAGAAUUCUUCGAUGCUAGUUGUAGCGGCAGUUUUAGCAGCACGCACAGCUCCACCUGGAGUGAGUUCAGUCCUAAGAGCUCGCUAGAGCUUUUCGAUGCUUACAAACGACGUAGUUUAGCAUUGGAUUGUAAUUUUUCUAAAACAUUUGGAAAUACAAGACAGCCAAGUAAUUCAUUCAGUGGUGAUAUUGAACUCGAGAAGAAAAAAGAUUACACUUUAUCUCAGGCUAAAAGAAUUAAAGAAAACAAUCGCAAGACAAUAAUUCCUUCAUCUAAUGAAUUGUCUUUUAUAACAAUACAACUUAAAGAUAAAACACAUUUACAGAAGUCUAGUAACAAAAAGAAGAUCAGAAUGAAUAGAAAACUUUCACUAAGUAGCAAUAUUUGGCAAGCAUUGGCAGACCAAUUGUCGGAGGAUUCAGCAUUUUUUGAAUCUCCGCUGGCAUCAUCAGAUAUCCUUAAAUGGGAUCAGAGAGGAUGGUUGGUCUGCCAAUCAGAGGGCAGGAAAUACUGGUGCAUUGUGGCGGAUAUUCUUCUCUGUCUUUUUGAUUCACCUGAAAGUUGUAAAGCUGAAAAAGUUCUUGUAUUGCCAGGUUAUGAAGUAAAACCAUUGAUAGUUCAUCUUUCUGAAUCUCAAACCACUGCAGUGUCAGGAAUGGGGAAAUACCAGUUCAAGAUGACCCAUCAGAAUGCUAAAGGGGCGGAGUUUGUUUUCAGUGUUGAGAAUGAACAAGAGUUGUCCCACUGGAUCAGAGUGAUACGACUUGCUUCAACGUUGGACUGCGACUUCUCAAGCGACAUGGAUGAUGACGACUCUUCAUCCUCUGAUGAUACUGGUUACCUGGGUAACCUUAGCUGCUAUAGCAACAAUAACAAUGACUUGGAAUUACCUGCUGCCAAGUACCAACUGCCAUGUUUAUCUCCUGAUAUAACAGGUGGGAUUGCAAAUAGCACUCCUGGUAAAACAUUUUUUGAUCUCACAAACGAUGAACAAAAGUCUGACCAGAAAACUUUUAAUACUGAAAAAAGUAGAAUGAUUUUUGAUAGUUCGUUGACGUCAGUGUCGUCACAGCCGAUGUCAUGCAAUAGUCUUGGCCAUAGAACUGCAAUGAGAAACAGUGUGGGUUCUUAUGAUAGGAGUGUUAGUGUUGAGGAUUCACAAUGCUCGUUGGUGGAUGGGCUUCUAGACAAGGGAAAACAUGACAGAGCAUCCACUGAACCAUCAAGAAGCCUUGGAAUGAAACUUGCCCAACGAGCACUUAAAGUCAAAGAUCGAGUGAGUAGUUUGCGUGUUAACAAACAACACAGGCUAGCAAGUAAUGAUACAACCACGGUCAAAUCACUUUCAGAUAUUCGAAUAUCCGGUGAACUUCAAAGAAAAACUAAGAAUACUUGGGUCAACUGCUGGUGUGUGGUUAGCCAGAGGAAUCUGUACGUCUUCAAAACACAUCAACCGGAAGAAUUAGUUGAAAGCAUUGUCCCGCUGCUUGGAUGCAAAGUUUCCAAAUCGCAGAAAGAGAAAGUGCCGAAUAUGUUUAAAAUUUCUCACCCACAUUAUAAAAGCCUGUAUUUGCAGGCUUUCAAGUUUUCUGAAAUGUUGCAAUGGAUUGACGUAUUGACUAAAGCGACUAUACCCAUGCGUGCAAGCUAUUCUGAUUCAAAGUUGAAAACUACUAGUACUUUAAAACCGACAAUACCAUUGAGUAAAUCUGCUUCGUUUAAUAUGCUGCAUGACAAAUUUGGCGCAGGGCCUAUCAAGAAAUCCAAUGGAGUCGCAAACGGUAAAAUUACCAUAGAGUCUCCAGUAGCAAGAAAAACUAACAUGGAAACUCUCAAAAUGUCUAAAGCUAGUUUUCUAGAGGGAUAUGAAAAUGGAAAAUCUAACGUGGAUUCUCAUGAUCUGGAUGACAUUAUAGAUGAACUUGCUUCAAUUGAGGAUCAUGAUGAUGUGUUUGUUUCAUCUUCUGCAUGUCACUCUGAAGAUGAUAGCAGUCAGUCAGAUUUGGAGUUUUCUACUCCGAGGCCACUUCGAAAAAAGAGCAUUCAUGGGUCAUUAGGAGAUAUCCCUGGUACAGCAUUACAGAAUAAUGGUAAGAAAAACAACAAGAAUGUCAAAAGUAGUAAGAAAAAACUACGUGCCAAGACAGUUAUUCAGAUGCCAGCAGCAGACUGGACCAACCCUACUAAGGCUGGAUAUUUAAACCGAAAAAAUAAGGGUCCAUGGGUGAGAUGUUGGAUAGUUUUGAACAAUGAUACAUUGUAUACGUAUAAAUCACCUGAAGACACUCAUACCUUGGAUACCAUCAUGUUGCCAGGAUACAGGAUCACCACUGAUGUCAGAACUGCAUUCAAGUCAAGAAAACAAAUGUUCAAGUUAUCACAUGAGGGUGCAAGAUCAACUUACUUUUCAUCUGAGUGCGAGUCUGAGAUGAUGGCAUGGGUGAGCAUCUUGAGAAAAGCAACUCAGAAAAUAUCGGUGGAAGGACUUAACCUAGAAAAAGGAAGCAGUGUUCACUUUGAGAAAACUCAAGCAGAGGAAAGGGAAGCUUUAAAAGAAGAAAAACAACAAGAAUUUCAACAACAUCUUGCACAACUUCAAAAACAGAAUCUAUUGGAGGAAGUCUUGCAUAAUAAAAAAGAACUGAAACAAAAAGAUGCAAAACCAAAGACCCCUGCAACAAAGGAAGAGAUUCAAGCAAAAUAUCAGAAGUCAAUCGAGGAAGAGGAGUUAAAGACACUGAAAUACCAAACGAUCCUCAAUAAACGCAGAAUGUCGGCACAAUUAAAAACUGAUGAUUUGACAAAGAGGAUGACUGAGGCUAAAAAGAAGAAGGGUGUGUCUGAAACAGAAUAUGCUGCUAUGGAACGAAGGCUUGAGGAGUUGAAUGAAACAUUGAAAAAGGUUGAGGGCAAUAUUACUAGAAACAAAAAUAUGAAAGAAAAAGUUGUGGAAAGUUUGAAAGAUAAAAAGGAACUGGAAUUGAAAAUUGUUGCCCAGCAACAGAGAAUGAAACUGCAUCGAAAAGCAGCAGCUGAGAAAGCUCUUUUGACAAUCUCAGAAACAGUUGGGCAGAUUUCGCCGAAAGCAUCGGAGCAGAUCGCACGAAGGCAACUCCCGGAUACUACUGCUGCGAGCAAUGGUAAGCGUAAAGCUAGGGCUUUACCAGUAAUACCUGUUAACUUAUCCCCUUCAGUUUCGAUACGCAGUGGACUGACAGAUUGCGGAGGUGACAACUCAUCAGAAUAUUAUGACAAACUGUCGCUUAGCAGUUCCAUUUCUACACAUUCAUUUGUCAGUGAGCGCACAACUUCAUCCGGUGAGACUUCUCACACUUUGGCCCCUUCAGAUGAUAGAAGUCUGAGUUCAUUGGAGAGACAAAGUGCUUUUGAAGAUGACCAUUGCAGUGAUAGGAUUGAAGUCCCACGGGUUGUCGUGGUAUCAGCCUCUGAUGAUGGGGAAGAUAUCCACUCAAAUAAUGGAGAUUUGUUGAAUACAGAAUGCAGUAAAAGUCCCAGAAUAACACCAGUUAUAACUGAAGUUAGUGCUGAUACAAUUGCUGAGAUUGAAGCUUUUGAAAAACUUGCUAUGGAUAUGUUAAAACGAGAUAUUUAUUAA